UUGGACUUUGUGUUCCACAUUGCAGCGCUCAGCUCUCUAUAUAGAGGUCUGGCACAGCCAGAUCAAAUCAGUCUCACAUAAGAAGGCUCACACACAGGAUUACAUAGGUAUAUCAUCAUGAGGUUGUUUGUGGUGCUUGCUCUUGUGGCUUUUACUGGCUGCCAAGCCAAUGUUCUGAGGUCAGACGAACCCCAGACACAACUGGGUAUGGUGAAAGAUGCAUUUUGGGACUACUUGGUCAAGGCUUCAAAAACUGCCCUAGAUUCAUUCACAACCCUCAGAGAGUCUGAGUUGGGUCAGCAAGUGAACACCAGGAUCGAAGACAGUGUACAAAUAGCCCGCCAAUACGCAGCCAUUGUGCAGGAUCAGGUGUCCAUCAUUGGCCAGGAGGCAUACGACAAGGUUUCUGAACAAGUGGACCGACUCUCAGAGCGCCUGCAGCAGGAUUUAAGAGCAGUGAAGGCGCAGCUGGAGCCCUACACAGAGCAGCUGAAGGCCAACAUUGAGCAGCAGGUGGAGAGGCUAGGGCAGGAGUGGCAGGAGGUGGCCCCCUACACAGAGUUUGUGGACACCCUGAAGGACACCCUGUGGCAGAAGAGCAUGGAGCUGAUACGGAUCCUGGAGCGGAGUCUGAUUAGGCUGGACACCCUGCUGGGCCCCUCCACUCAGGAGCUGCGGGAUGAACUGGCGCAGCAGAACCGGAAGUUCUGGCGGAUUGUGGCUCCCCCGGUUGGCAGUGCCAUUAACCAGAUUGAACGGAGACGAUAUAAGCUUGUGCGGACCCUGACACCCUAUGUAGACGACUGGAACGAGAAGCUGGAUCCCUACACCAAGGACCUUGAUUCAUGGCUGACCUCUCUUUGGGAGUCCUUUACCAAAAGUGCCCAAGACUAACCACUCUGCUCUGCUUACCUUUUCUGACUGUCUGAAUCUCUCCGGGACUCCAAUAAUGCACCCCAUGAUCAUCUUUGUUUGACAACCUCUUCCAAUAUUUGUCAGUUCAUGAGUGUGGGCCACUUCUCAAACACUUCUUAAAAAAGCUACAAUAUUAACAUCAUCGAAGACCCGCACCAGCUAUAUUGUCUACCGUUGCCUUUAUUCUGUUCAGUAAGAGCUAAAAAUAUGCUCUGAUACUGAAGCAAAACUGUGCAUUUAUCGACCAUUUGUUCUUCUUUUAUUUUUUCCUAAACUGUAAAAAUACAUAGAUGCUUUGUUCUCAAUUUUCUAUUUUUUUUAAAUAAAGGCAAGAAAAUGAAUAA